UCGCCUGUGUGCACGCGCAUAUUUCUCGUGGAACAACGGUUUAGGAGGCGGAGGUACGAUCGCCACCGGACAAGGAAUGCAAGCGGCAAGCCCCAGUCGUGCCAUUCCCAAGAUGUCCCCUGCCAUCCGCGUAAAUGCGUCCAACGCCACGCUGCUCCACGAACAGCCUUUAAGCAUCCUGCCACGGAUUAUGUUCGGCAGCUCCUUGUUCUGCCUCUGCGUCAUGUUCGUGGUUGUCGUGGGGACGUUCACCAACUGGCCUACACGCAACGAGCUCGAGCAAGACGACAGCAGCCUGCCGGAGAUCCAGGACAGCCGAAGCGCCGUGGUCACCGAUGCCCCGAAACAAGCUGCGAAGGUCACGGCAGCUGCCUUGGAGGGCGAGGCAAGACGACGUCUCGCCAAGAGAAAUGGAACGAAGGACACCGUCAAGGCGGUCUGCGACCGAUUCUCGUUCACGUACUGUGCCGAAGGCAUGAGCGGGGGCCAGCGGCACUACUACGAUUGGACGAUCGGAUUGUGCGUGCCCACUUCGCACGACGCACAGUUCUGGUGCAACCGAGGCCGCAACCGGUUCGCUUCUCUCGAGCAUUGCCAGCGCCGCUGCGUAACGAGGAAGCCGCCUUCCAGGCAGUGUUCUUCGCCGACUUCUUUCACUGUUUGCUCCAGGCGCGACAUGAAGCAUGGCCUGUGGUUCUGGGACGGCGACAGCUGCGUCGGGUGGAACUACAACCGCGGCAACUGCAUGGUCUCGCGGGGCCGCGAGCUCACGAGCAAGGCCGCUUGCAUCGAGGCCUGCCAGCCGCCCGCGAACGGCACCCAGAAGCCGGCGGACCCGACGCUGUGCAGCGCCACCAGGUCCGCGCGCUGCACGACCGCCAAAGUGCGCUUCCCGUUCUUCGCGGCGCGCAAAGGCGGCGACCACUUCGAGUGCGUCGAGGCCAGCGCCGAGCGCCUGCAGCGCCGGCUGUGCCUCAGCCCCGGCAACAACUUCGACACGAUCGAAGAGUGCGACACCGCGUGCAAGCGCGGCAGCAGGGAAAAAAAUCGACUGUAAUACAAUUGUGUUUCGUUC